GAAAUAUACCCGCGUGCACAUAAAAAGUUCUGAUUAUUCACGAGUCAACUGUUGAUGCCAAUUUUACCAAAGAUUAACCGUAAAAAAGGUUGGAUAUUGUUAGAAAUCAUACUUGAUUACUUGGGCUUUUCACCUUUCCUAUUUUCUUUUUAUGGGACAAUUGGGUUUUUCUUUUUUUGGAUAAUUGGGCUUUAAUUACACAACAAUCCAGCCAAAUAAAUUCUUCAAUGGUCCAAAAUGGCAAAACCCCUGCAAAACAAUAAUAAACAAAAUUUCCAAAACCACUUCAAAAAACCACAUUUCUUCAACCAAAAAAAAAAAAAAGAAAAAAAAAACUUUGAACAAUAAACGUUACGUAUAAACUGUCUUCAACUCUUCAAACCAAUAUAGCCGAGCUUCAAGAUUUCAAUCAUGGCGGCCUUGUCAACUCACCCUUCAACCAGUUUAUUUUGCUCUUUAAAAAAUGGGUUUAAGCAGGAAUGUAAGGAUUCCCAUGCUUUCUCUUUCAAAUCCCAGAAUUUGAAUUUGGGGUUUAAUCCGAGAAAAUGGAAGAACUUGGAGUUUGAUGAAAUGGUGGUAUCUGCUACCAAUGUUGAUCAGAUGGGCAGUGAGAGUAAUUUUUCCUUCAAUGGAUCUUCUCCCUCCUCUCGAUCAAAGUCGAGGAGGCACACAAUAUCAGUAUUUGUUGGGGAUGAAAGUGGAAUGAUAAAUCGAAUAGCAGGGGUCUUUGCUAGAAGGGGUUAUAAUAUUGAAUCCCUUGCUGUUGGGUUGAACAAAGACAAAGCUCUUUUCACUGUUGUUGUCACUGGAACUGAUAAGGUGUUGCAGCAAGUGAUGGAACAGCUUCAGAAACUUGUAAAUGUUUUGAAGGUUGAAGAUAUAUCCAAGGAGCCACAAGUAGAACGUGAAUUAAUGCUUGUAAAAGUCAGAGCCAAUCAGAAUAACCGAGCUGAGUUGAUGUGGUUGGUGGACAUCUUCCGUGCCAAAAUUGUGGACAUAUCAGAAGAAAAUCUAACAAUGGAGGUCACUGGAGACCCAGGCAAGUUGGUUGCAGUGCUAAGAAAUCUUGUCAAGUUUGGAAUCAAAGAGAUUGCUCGUACUGGAAAGAUCGCUCUUAGAAGGGAAAAAUUGGGAGAGUCUGCUCCUUUCUGGCGUUUUUCUGCUGCUUCUUAUCCUGAUCUUGAAGAAACUGUGUCUGUGGAUGCUCUUUCUGGAGUCUCAAGACAAGCACCUGAUGAUGGAUCGUCAAAUUCAACUGUGGAGGGUGAUGUUUAUCCUGUAGAACCUUUUGAUGGAUUUGCAGUUCCUCAAGUCCUUGAUGCUCACUGGGGUGUUUUGAAUGAUGAAGAUACGAGUGGGAUGCGUUCACACACUCUAUCGAUGCUUGUCAAUGACAAACCUGGGGUCCUUAAUGUUGUCACAGGGGUUUUUGCUCGAAGGGGUUAUAACAUCCAGAGUUUAGCCGUGGGUCGUGCGGAAGGUGAGGGUCUAUCUCGCAUUACUACUGUUGUACCUGGUACAGAUGAAUCAAUCAGCAAACUGGUGCAGCAAAUUUACAAGCUGGUUGAUAUUCAUGAGGUUAGAGAUCUCACCCAUUUACCUUUUGCUGAGCGGGAGUUGAUGUUGAUAAAGGUAGCUGUGAAUACUGCUGCACGCCGUGAGGUCCUUGACAUUGCCAGCAUUUUUAGAGCAAAAGCUGUUGAUGUAUCUAGUCAUACCAUAACACUUGAGCUCACUGGAGAUAUAAACAAGAUGGUUGCACUUCAGAGAUUGCUGGAACCCUUCGGUAUCUGUGAGGUUGCACGAACAGGACGGGUGGCCUUGGUUCGAGAGUCUGGUGUGGACUCAAAAUAUCUCCGCGGAUACUCGUUUCCAUUGUAAGAUUUCUGUCAACUGUCAAGACUACAUUGUAGAAAGCCGGAGUGGAUAAUGAAAGUCUGUUUCUGCUUGCAAAAAUUUUUUUGUACUCAUUUUUUUUUUCCACACAUCUUUGCAACUUUUGUUUCUCUAGUUAUAGCUGUAGAGGAAAGUGUUUGAAAUGCUGUACAAUUUUGAAUUACCCACUAGUAUACCUUAGUAAGCUAGCUUUCUAAGCUAAGCAAGCCCGGUUCUCCGGGCACUACGGUAGGACGUGGAUCGUUUAGAAAUCGUUAAAAUUCAUAGUACCUAGAUUGGCAGGAAUGCCCAUUUAUGGGGUGGGGAGAAAGAUCAAAGGUAAAUGAGGCAAGUAUAGUUUAAAAUUCACUCCUUUCUCUCCCUAA